AUGUCCUCUUUGAUCCCACUCAUCAACGACUUGCUGCCUAUGAUCAUUUCGUCCUCCUCGGUUCACAUCACAAAAGCAAACACCCUCCAUGGGCCCGAUGCAAGUCCGGAUCAGGGUCUCAAUAAGGAGGCUGAUGCCAUAGUUGGCAAAAGCGAUAAGCUCUGCGCCUCGGCAGUUUUGACGCUCCAACCGCACGCUACAUCCUCUGUACGUCAUCACGGCGAGCAAGAUACCAUUGUUUACACAGUCUCCGGGAUCGGAGUUUUACUUGUUAGCCCCGGCGCAGCGCAAGAAGCCAAGCGCCAUGAUAUGGAGCCAGGAGACUUUGCCUUCAUUCCGGCCUGGACGGAACACCAGCUGCUCAAUGAGACGGACCAAAAUACCGUGUGGGUCAUCACGCGCAGCGGCUCGCAACCGGUGGUGGUAGGCUUGACGGAUUGGGGAGGUGACCAAGCCAAGUAG